CAUCCACCAUCUCGUCUACUUUCAUUGUUGAUCAACACUAAAACGGCUGUACCGGCAGCACUCCUCUCUCGACUUCGCACGCAGACGUGAUCCGCAACUAUGCCGACCAUCUCUGUCGACAAGGCCGACUUCUACCGCCGCCUCGGCAGCGAGUACACCACCGAGGCGUUUGACGAGCUGUGCUUCGACUUUGGCAUCGAGUUGGACGAGGACACGACCGCCGACGUCGAGGCAGCGCGCAAGGCCGGCCUGCCGACCGAGGCGCCGCAGCUCAAGAUCGAGAUCCCCGCGAACCGCUACGACCUCCUGUGCUCAGAGGGUCUCGCGCGCUCCCUCCGCGUCUUCCUCGGCCGUGAGGCGCCCACCUCGUACACCCUUGCACCCCCCACGCAGGAGGCCUUCAUCGAGCCAUCCACCUCCCCGCUCCGCCCGUACUUUGCCGCUGCUGUGCUCCGCCUCGCGCGCCCCAUGACCGAGCUCGAGUACAACUCGUUCAUCGACCUCCAGGACAAGCUGCACCACAACCUGUGCCGGCAGCGCAAGUUUGUAGCCAUCGGCACCCACGACCUCGACACCAUCGAGGGCCCCUUCCGCUACAUGUGCCGCGACCCGCACCAGAUCAAGUUCGCACCCUUGAAUAAGGACACCGAGUACACUGCUGCCGAGCUCAUGAACAUCUACGACAGCGACAGGCAUCUGUCCAAGUACCUCCCGAUCAUCCGUGACGCGCCCGCCUACCCUAUCAUCUAUGACAAGCACGACCGCGUGCUGUCGAUGCCGCCCAUCAUUAACUCGCAGCACUCCAAGAUCGUCGCUGGAAAGACAACCAACAUCUUCGUCGACGUGACGGCCACCGACAAGACCAAGCUUGACAUCGUCGUCAUGCUUAUGGCCACCAUGUUCGCUGAGUACUGCAACGUGCCGUUCCAGGUCGAGCCCGUCAAGAUCCACCACCCUGACGGCACCACUGUUCUUACCCCGAACGUGGCACCACGCCAGACCACCGCGUCGCACGCGUACAUCAACGCCGCUACCGGCCUCAACCUCUCGCGUGAGGAGUGGGCUGGUCUCCUGACCAAGAUGUCGCUGGCCGCCACCCCGUCCAAGUCGAACCCCGAUAUUCUCGACGUGUCCGUGCCAUGCACGCGUCCCGAUAUCCUGCACGAGUGCGACAUCAUGGAGGAUGCCGCGAUCGCGUACGGGUACAACAACUUGCCUACUUCGAUGGCUGGCUCUGCGACAGUUGCCAAGCCCACACCGAUCAACAAGCUCGGCGACAUUCUGCGCAAGGAGUGCGCCAUGGCCGGUUGGACCGAGUGCCUCCCGUACAUUCUGUGCAGCCACGACGAGAACUACGCCUGGCUUUUGCGCAAGGACCCCGGCGGCGAGUGCAUCCGCCUGGCGAACCCGAAGACGGCCGAGUUCCAGGUCGUGCGCACAUCCCUCAUUCCCGGUCUUCUCAAGACUGCGCGCGAGAACAAGGCUGUGCCCCUCCCGCUCAAGGUGUUUGAGGUGUCCGACGUCGCCUUCCAGCGCCUGGAGCUCGACCGGCGCUCGCAGAACGAGCGCCACCUCGGCGCCCUCUACAUCUCGCACAAGGCCGGCUUCGAGGUCGUCCACGGCCUCCUCGACCGCAUCAUGCAGGUCCUCGGCGUCCCCUACAUCGCCACGGCCGACUCCCAGGCCGAGUACGGAUACUACAUCGCGGAAGCCAAGGACGAGCCGAGCUUCCUGCCGGGCCGCGCGGCACACGUCUUCCUCCGCCCCAAGCAGAAGAAGGAGCAGAAGAAGGAGGGUGGUGUCCUCGAGACUGUUGCGGGCGCGCUCAAGGCCGCACUCCCUGGUCAGGACAUCAAGCUCGGCCAGCUCGGCAUCCUCCACCCCGAGGUGCUCGCCAACUUUGACCUUACGCGUCCCGCGUCCACGCUCGAGAUCAACAUCGAGCCCCUGUUGUAGUUUAGCCUGGGGAUGGGAUGCAUGCGCAUUAGUCUG